GUUCGGUUAAAAUUUGAACGAACGACCAGUCUUUCUCUCGCAUUUUCUUCUUCACCACACGGCCCUUCCUCACUCAAAACUACAUUGAAAAUGUCUCUUUAUCAUGAGGCAGCAGAGAUCUUAGCGGGAUCAUCAUUUGAAGGCGGAAGUCUCAAGUCGCGUGUUUUCAAGAAGAAAAAUCUUAAAUCCGCACCAAACCAAGUUUACGCCUUGGUGUUAGAGAGUUGCAAAUGGAGCCUCAUUCUGAAAGAAGUGAUUGAGAGAUCAGAGCUUCUGAAACUUGAGCGCAAGCUGACCCCGACGUUGUCAUUACUUCUUGUACAUGACCUUUUGUUGGCCAAGAAGGGAAUUGCUCUUCCACAAGGCCAUGGACUUCGGGCAUCAAUUGAGAGGCAUAAAGGACGUAUAAGCUCAGAGUUUAAGCUCGCACGGCUUCGGAGAAAGAUGCCAACACUCGAGGCUUUGAGAGAGCAAGUUGAGAGACAAUGCGCCGGCGAAGAAGCGAAUUACCCUCGCUGGGUUCGUGUCAAUGCUGUAAAGAGUACACUCGAAGAACAGUUGGAGACGACUUUCUCCAAGUACACAAGAGCCACAUCCAUCAAGGAGGUUGUCACGAACACUGGAAGACUCAUAUACAUUGACCCACAUGUGCCAAACCUUUUGGCCAUCACUGCAGGAAUAGAUCUCACAAAAACAGAGGCGUACACAACGGGUAAAAUCAUUCUACAAGACAAAGCCUCUUGUUUCCCUGCUUAUCUUUUAGACCCCAGAGCAGAGGAUGGCGACCUGAUCGACGCAUGCUCUGCUCCUGGCAAUAAGACAACUCACUUGGCAGCGAUCCUCAAAGAACAUAUGCCCGAAUCCAAUGCGCCAGAGCAAACAAUCUAUGCAUUCGAAAAAGAUUCUCGACGAGCACAAACUCUGGAGAAAAUGGUCAAAAUUGCAGGUUCAAAGCCUGUGACAAAAAUUGGAUUUGGUCAAGAUUUUCUACAGGUCGACCCUGUGGCAGAGAAGUACAAGUCAGUCGGAGCUUUGCUACUGGAUCCAAGUUGCUCAGGGAGUGGAAUUGUCGGGCGAGAUUCGAUGCCGGACCUUCACCUGCCCGAAGGUAUCAGUAGCACAGGAAAGGGUCCCGCAGCAAAGCAAAACGGCCGCAAGAGGAAACAUGAGCAGACAGAGACACCUGAGGACAGGAUCAUGAUAGACGAUGACGGUAACGAGACUGCCAUCAAGUCGGAGAAGGAUCUAGAAACACGCUUGGAGGCGCUGUCUUCUUUCCAACUGACGCUUCUAUUACACGCCUUCAAAUUCCCAUCAGCAAAACGAAUUACAUACUCCACUUGUUCAAUUCACAUUCAAGAAAACGAGCGUGUUGUCACGAAAGCUCUUGAAUCCGACAUUGCGAAGCAAAGGGGUUGGCGCAUUCUGUUGCGGAAAGAUCAAGUUUCUGGUCUGAGAGAAUGGCCCGUCCGAGGACUCCCUGAAGCCUGUGGGGGCGAUGAAGAUAUAGCAGAAGCUUGCAUUCGCUCUUAUAAGGACGACGGGCAAGGUGUUAUGGGCUUUUUUGUGGCUGGUUUUGUGAGGCCCGAUGUACAGAAUUUCGGGACUACCGGCAACGAGGGUCCUUACCUGCGAGACGAUAGCGGUGCAAUCAUCCGUGACAUGCUCGGUAUGCCAGUCUUGAAAACGACUGGCGAGCAUGUCUCUUUAACCGCAAAAGAUGAUAACAGUGGCGAUAGAAAGGAAGAGGAAGAGGAAGAGGAAGAGGAAGAGGACGAGGAGGAAGAUGAAGAUUCAGAAAGCGAGAGUACAAGCAGUACUGCAGCACAUGAUCUUAAUGCUCGACAGAUCGCCGUCGAUGCACGUCAAGGAACUGACACAGAUGAAGAUGAGUGGGAAGGUCUUGGAGAUUAAACCGGCAGCCCGGAAAAAGUGAAGGGCAUUUCUUUCGGCAGAUAACAAGACGUCGUAUCACAGGCCACUGAGAUCAAAUCCAUAACGACAAAUGGCUCCCAGCGGAUUGAAUCUGCGCCCCCUCAAUCAAGGAUGAAAGAAUAGUGGUAUAACUUAGAGACGAAAAACAGCGUGGUAUCGGGUGAUUCCAUCCACCUUACGUGAUUGAUACGCCUCCACAACUUUUCAUCCUGACCGGUAGGCGCUUGUCUGAAUGGAUCCGAACCUCGUUUGAUUUCUGUUUUAUAUCAUGAGCUUAGUAGGUUACCAUGUUGCACCAUCACAUUGCGGCGCACUCUGCCGCCAUUGGGUGAAUAAAUAAAGAGCAUCUCAUACAUCCUCUCGACUUAAUCUGACGGACUAAGAUCGAUCCGGAGCCACGUUUGGAUUUACCAGGCGUAAGAGUUCAAGAAGCUAUCA